AUGGGAGGAGGAUUCAGAGUAUUGCAUUUGGUGCGACCGUUUCUUUCGUUUCUUCCUGAGGUGCAAACAGCAGACAGGAAGGUACCCUUCAGAGAAAAGGUGAUCUACACUGUUAUCUCCUUGUUUGUAUUUCUGGUGUGUAGUCAGCUUCCGCUUUAUGGAAUACACUCCACCACCGGGGCUGACCCGUUCUAUUGGAUGCGUGUCAUCCUUGCUUCCAACCGUGGAACCGUCAUGGAGCUUGGUAUCACUCCCAUUGUCACUUCUGGCUUGGUCAUCCAACUUUUGGCAGGGUCUAAGAUUAUUGAAGUCGACAACAAUGUCCGAGAGGAUCGUGCACUUUUGAAUGGUGCACAAAAGUUGUUGGGUAUUCUGAUUGCUGUUGGUGAGGCUAUAGCAUAUGUUCUUUCUGGCAUGUAUGGAAGUGUUGGACAACUUGGUGUUGGCAACGCAAUUCUUAUCAUUCUUCAACUAUGCUUUGCUGGUAUUGUAGUGAUCUGCCUUGAUGAACUUCUUCAGAAGGGUUAUGGUCUAGGUUCUGGCAUUUCACUUUUCAUUGCAACCAACAUCUGUGAGAACAUCAUCUGGAAAGCAUUCAGCCCAACCACCAUCAAUGCUGGCCGUGGACCUGAGUUUGAGGGUGCUUUAAUUGCUUUGUUCCAUCUCUUAAUUACCAGAACUGACAAAGUUAGGGCCCUUCGUGAGGCAUUUUUUAGGCAGAACCUUCCCAAUGUAACCAAUUUGCUCGCCACUGUCUUGGUCUUCCUUAUUGUCAUCUACAUCCAGGGAUAUCGUGUUGUCUUGGCUGUGCGGUCAAAGAGCGCUCGUGGCCAACAGGGCUCAUAUCCCAUCAAGUUGUUUUACACCUCCAACAUGCCCAUCAUUCUUGUAUCUGCUCUUGUGUCCAACCUUUACUUCUGCUCACAGUUGCUAUACAGGAAAUACGGCAGGAACUUCUUUGUAAAUUUGUUGGGCAUGUGGAAGGAGUCUGAAUAUGGUGGUCAAUCAAUCCCAAUUGGUGGACUUGCUUACUAUAUUACUGCCCCAGCCAGCUUAGCAGACAUGGCAGCACACCCCUUCCAUGCUAUGUUCUAUAUAAUUUUCAUGCUUUCCGCAUGUGCUCUAUUCUCAAAGACAUGGAUUGAGGUUUCUGGAUCAUCUGCUAGGGAUGUGGCUAAACAACUCAAGGAGCAAGGUAUGGUUAUGCCUGGACACCGUGAUUCAAACUUGCAGAAGGAACUCAACCGUUACAUUCCCACUGCUGCCGCCUUUGGAGGCAUGUGCAUUGGUGCAUUGACAGUCUUGGCAGAUCUCAUGGGUGCCAUUGGCUCAGGAACUGGAAUUUUACUUGCAGUGACCAUCAUUUAUCAGUACUUCGAGACAUUUGAGAAAGAGCGAGCAAGUGAACUAGGAUUCCUUGGGCUUUGA